AAAUAAUAAAUUAAAAAAAAAGGUAGCAAAACCUUUGCGCUCCUCACGAGCGAGAGGACGCCGAAGCUCGAUCCCCUCUAUCUCCUCCGCGAUACCCUAACCUAGCGAGAGAGAGAGAGAGAGAGAGGAGGAGGAGGAGGAGGAGGAGGAGGAGGAGGCGACGAAGAAGAAGGGGCGCGGCGAUGUCUCGGCGGAGGGCGAUUCCGGCGCGGCGGGGAGCGGCGCCGUGGCCGUUCUCGGCGUUCUACGGUGAGGCGGCGGCGGCGGCGGCAGAGACGAGGGUGGCGCCGCUCGGAGCGUCUCCGGAGACGGAGGUGACGGAGGAGGAGAAGGGCGACGAUCGGUGGUCGAGUAUGCUCCCGGAGCUCCUCGGCGAGAUCGUGCGGCGCGUGGAGAUCGGCGGCGAGCGGUGGCCGGCGCGGAAGGACGUGGUCUCGUUUGCCUGCGUUUGUCGCCGGUGGCGGGACGUCGCCACGGGCGUCGUGAGCCCCCCGCUCGACUCCGGCAAGAUCACCUUCCCCUCCUCCCUCAAGCAGCCGGGGCCGAAGGACUUCGCAAUACAAUGCUUUAUCAAGAGGAACAAGAGGAACUCAAUGUUCUAUCUAUAUCUCGGCUUGACACCAACAUUCGCAGAUAAAGGUAAGUUUUUGUUGGCAGCUCGAAGGUUCAGACAUGGUGCCCACACAGAGUACAUCAUCUCUCUCGAUGCAGAUGAUCUUUUUCAAGGGAGCAAUGCAUAUAUGGGAAAACUAAGAUCUGAUUUUUUAGGCACAAAGUUCACCAUCUACGACAGCCUGCCACCCUUCAACGGUGCAAAAGCAUCGAGUACCCGGUCGAGCCGGCGAUUCGCCAGCAAGCAGAUCAGUCCGCAAGUCCCCGCCGGCAACUUCCAGAUCGGGCAAGUCUAUUACAAAUUUAACCUCCUCAAAUCUCGAGGGCCGAGGAGGAUGCACUGUGCUCUCCAACUUUCUUCAUCUUCGCAAGAUAACACCCCGUCAAAAUCGCACAAUAACCCUAACCCUAAUGUCGGACCGCUGCUCCUAAGGAACAAAGCGCCGAGGUGGCACGAGCACCUGCAGUGUUGGUGCUUGAAUUUCCACGGAAGGGUGACUGUUGCCUCCGUAAAGAACUUCCAACUAGUGGCGAACGAUGAUGAGACGGUGCUCCUCCAGUUUGGGAAAGUCGGGGACGAUACGUUUACGAUGGAUUAUCGGCAUCCGCUCUCGGCUUUUCAGGCUUUCGCCAUCUGCCUCACCAGCUUCGGUACAAAGCUCGCCUGUGAAUAGCAAAAAAGCUUUUGGUUAGAUGUGUCGAAAUGUUACGUGGAUUGUGGUAUAGCUAUAGACCGGACUUUCGGUUUCUUUCUUCAUCUUUUUCUCUCUUUCGGGUUGGGUUUGGUUGUAUUAUACGUAUACAUAUUGGGUUUCUCUUUUGUGGAAGUGCAAGUGUUUGGUUGUCUACUAUGAGUUAUUGAUUUAGCUCAUCCUUCUCUUAAACUUUGAGAAUAUGUAAAUUUAAUUAUGCGAUUGUAGCAGCACUGUUGUUACUUUCUGAUCA